AUGACUUCCUACUUGAAUUACUUCGGCUUUGGCGGAGACAAAGCUUCUUCUGGCAAAGCAGUAGAUGGUUUGCCCGCCAAGCAGUCUCCAGUCAGAGCUCUGCCGGCAACAUGGUAUACAUCUCCCGAGAUGUACGAAUUCGAAAGACGAGCCAUUUUCACCCGUCGAUGGCUCUUCAUGACACACAGCUCACGUAUCAAGAACGCUGGAGACUUCCUUCGCUUCAACAUUGCAGGAUACGAUGUCAUCAUCAACAGAGACCGUGCUGGAAACGUCAAUGCCUUCCACAACGUCUGUAGACAUCGUGCUUACCCUGUCGUGGAGAAGAAGGAAGGCAACGCGAAGAUUUUCGCUUGCAGAUACCACGGCUGGUCUUACGGCUUGAAUGGAAAACUCGCCAAAGCUCCUGGCUAUCAAGACUUGGAGGGGUAUGAGAAGGAGCAGAACAGUCUCUUCAGCAUCCAUGUCAAAGUCGACAUCAACGGCUUCAUCUGGAUCAACAUGGACGCCAAAGAGACCCCAGAAGUGCCCUGGGAAGAACAUUUCGACAACGUCGACAAGCAAGAAAGGUACAGCGAGUUUGAUUUCGACAAUUACGAGCUCGACCACACCUACGAGAUCGAAGGUGAUUUCAACUGGAAGAUCCUCGCCGACAACUUUAACGAAUGUUACCAUUGUCCCACCACCCACCCGGACAUCCCGGACUUCAUCAAUCUCGAAACUUUCGACUCCGAUCUCAAAGACGGCCACAUCCAACACCACUGCAUCUCUACCCCCGAGCAAGCGGCCAAAGGCUUGGGUGUAGCCAGCACAUACUACUUCCCCAACACCUCCAUGACAGUCUCCCCCCACUUCAUCAUGGUCCAAAAAUUCCUCCCCUCCUCCCCCCUCAAAUCAACAAUGUCCUACGAAAUCUACCGCAACAAACACUCCUCGGAAGAAGAUUUCCACCUGAUAUCCUCCAUGUACGCACGCGUAAUGGCGGAAGAUAAAGUGCUGUGCGAUCAAGCUCAGAAGAACCUAAACGUUGGUGUUUUCGUAAACGGUCAAUUGCAUCCUAAAUAUGAAAAGGCGCCACUGUUUUUUCAGCAAACGGUUCGGGAGAUUAUCACUGGACAUUACAAGAGGGAGCAGGAGGCGGGAAGACAGAUUUGGCCGGCGAGGAGGGAAGUGGUGGAUGGAGUCAGUCAGGAGGAUUUGGAGAUUUGUGAGGGUAUCAGUUGUGGGGGGAAGAAGGAGGAAUUGAAUUGGUGA